AUGGUACUUUUCCGGAGUUCUGCGAAAGACAGAGGGCACCCGGCGAGUGUCACCAGACCACGCACAUAUCCAAAGGCGCUAACUCUAGAGAUCUCAAGCAAUCCUUGGACCUAACGCCGGAGCCGUUCCUAUAGCAACCACAAACCGGAAGUUGUCUCACACCGGAAGCGGAAGUCCCCUUGGAAAAGCUGCGCCGCAGCGGCGAGUUGCGGCGGUUCUCGUUGUUCGAACGCACGUGGAGUCGCGCAGCGCGAGUCUGGGCUGAGGGUGGGAUCCCGGGUGAGAACCUGUGAGGGUCCCAGCCGCGCGGGCCUCGGGCUGUCCCGCUCCUUCCGGUGGGCGUGCGAGAUGGACACUCCGCCGCUCUCCGGCUCCGACUCGGAUUCCGAUGAUUCUCUGGUCACGGACCGAGAGUUGCAGGAUGCGUUUUCCCGCGGACUCCUGAAGCCAGGCCUCAAUGUGGUGCUCGAGGGGCCGAAGAAGGCCGUGAACAACGUGAGUGGCCUGAAGCAAUGUUUGGCCGAAUUCGAGCGGGAUCUAGAAUGGGUUGAAAGGCUCGAUGUGACCCUGCCUCCCGUGCCGGACAUCAGUGCACCUGAGCCAGCACCUCAGAAGAAGGACCAGAAAGCUGUUAAUCCAGAAGACGACUUCCAGCGGGAAAUGAGUUUCUACCGCCAGGCUCAGGCAGCAGUGUUGGCAGCAUUACCCCGCCUCCACCAGCUCAAAGUUCCUACCAAGCGGCCCACUGAUUAUUUUGCAGAAAUGGCCAAGUCCGAUCAGCAGAUGCAAAAGAUUCGACAGAAACUGCAGACUAAACAAGCUGCCAUGGAGAAGUCUGAAAAGGCUAAGCAACUGCGAGCGCUGAGGAAAUAUGGAAAGAAGGUGCAAACAGAGGUUCUGCAGAAGAGGCAGCAGGAGAAGUCACAUAUGAUGAAUGCCAUUAAGAAAUAUCAGAAAGGCUUCUCUGAUAAAUUGGAUUUCCUUGAGGGAGAGCAGAAACCUGUUGCCCGGGGCACAAAGGCAGGAGCUAAAGGCCAGCAGAUGAAGAAGGGGCCCAGUGCCAAACGACGAUAUAAAAACCAGAAGUUCGGCUUUGGGGGGAAGAAGAAAGGCUCCAAGUGGAACACCCGUGAGAGCCAUGAUGAUGUGUCCAGCUUCCGGGCCAAGACGGCACAUGGGAAAGGCCUUAAGAGGCCUGGAAAGAAAGGAUCAAAUAAGAGACCUGGCAAACGAACUAGAGAGAAGAUGAAGAAUAGAACCCGUUAAACAGCAUCUUUAUAUAUGGAGAACAGGAAGAAGGGAUGAAGACUUGGAAUUCACAGUACAGUUGGACCCUAUCUCUUGUCCUUUUUCUUUUUUUAUUGGAAAAAAUUCUUUCAAUAAAUUAAAACUUUUUAAUGAAACAUA